UAAAACGAAAUAGAGCGGUUGCUAUUAGCAACCGUGCACUUAGUAUACUAACUGUAUUCCAGUUGUGGGAAAAUCUGGCAUCAAAUUAGACUUUUUCCGGAGCAUAUUGUGACGAGUCCACAUAGAGAUUCGAAGGACGUCUUUGAGAAAGGCGAAAUCAAUAUGGAGAAUGUAGACGGUAUUCAGCCAUCAAAUACAAAUCCAGAAAAUUCUGAUAGCGAAGACAGAAGUGAAAUGCUGUGGUCCAGGAUAGAUGAGCAGUCUACCUUGAUCUACACACUGAAAAAAAGAGCCGAUGAAACGCUUCUGCGAUAUCAAGCACUUCAGCAAAUUAACUCUGAUCUUGAGGACCAACUAGCCCUUUGCCAGAAAAAUCUAGAGGAUGAAAGAAAAAGAGCAGAUAUGUUAAAAAAUAGAUUCACAGAUCUGGCAGCCAAUAAUCAGGGAAUCAUUAAUUUCAUGGAGGAGCAUAAAAACCAGAACGUGGAGCUAAAGAUGGAAAACAAGCGGCUGCAGAUGGAAAAUGAUUCACUCUUCUCUCAGAAACUACAUGAUAAAGAAAUGUUGGUUAAAAAACUGCUGCAAGAAAAUAAGAUGCUGAGAGAUAAAUCUACUGCUAAUGAACUGGAAUUCAGUCAGAAAAUCGCUGAAAGUGAGUCAAACCUCAGAGAACAAGCAGUCCAACACAAAGUCACAGAGAUGUCACUUCUAGAACAGUUGCUUGAUGCUCAAAAUCAUCAGAAAAAUGCUGAGGAAAGUUGUAAAGAUUUGAAGCUAAAACUUUCAAAAGCUCAAGAAGAACACGCUUUGGAGAAAACAAGCUUAAAAGAAACCAUAGCGCAUCUAAACAGUGAAAGAAAGAAACUAUUGGACAUUUCUAUUGAAAGAGGCAAAUCAAUCCAGGAAAAACAGGAAAAAAUCUAUGAGCUGGAAACAAAAUGGAGAAACGAAGAAAAAGCCAAAAUUGAAGCACAGGAAAGAUUUACAUCAGAGGCAAAAGCAGUGGAUAUAGACGCACGAGUGAAGUCACUCCAGAGUGCUCUGGAAAAAUCCAUGUCAGACCUGCAGAAGCUGAACAAGGAUUUUGAUGCUUUCAAGGAACACAGCAACAACCUGCUGACACAGGAGAAGGACUUAAAUCAAAAACUUCGCCAUAUUAUAGGUUGAAACUAUGUAUACGGCAGAGUGUAUUUUCUUACUAAUUCCUAAUAAAAAAUAUAUA